AUGACAAACGCCACCGGUCUCACGCCGCCCCCGCCGUGUGGAGACUGCGCUCCCUUGCCGAUCCUCGACGGUGAAGAUCCUUCUUUGCUGGAGAACCAACGACGGCAUCUUAAUGAGGUGUCUGCUGAGAUGAUUCAGAAUAUGAGUCUCGAUAAGGCAUCGGCCGCGGACAUUCGUCGGGCGCGUAACUUGGCACUCCUCAGUGAACUCUAUGAGGAAGCUGCUGUGGCUUACAACGACGGUGACAAGAGGAAAUUAGUAGAUCUGAUGGCCACUGCAGAGCAUUUGGUUGGCAGUGGCUCUCUGCAUGGCCGACAGCAAAGCGAUGAUAUCCUUACUGUUGAUUCCAUGAAAGUCCUCCCUGAGGCGCAGCACUCAUCAUGA